CCUUACUUUUGGUUAAAACCAAAACCUUACCUAACAAACUUCCCCCAAAAUUAAAUCAAAACAAGAACAGAAUCACAGAGAAAUUAGAGAAUCAAGCAUUUUCAUGGCUUCAGUCUUGCAAAAACUUCAAACAAAUGACUCAAAUUCAUGCACAUAUUAUCAGAAACUCAAUUCAUCAGAACAAUUUUGUUGUUACAAAACUUGUUUCUUAUUGUUUCUCAUCACAUAACCCAUGUUAUGCAACUAAGGCUCUAUUACAUCGAUAUGGUGUCAUAUGGCUCAAAGCCUAACAAUUUUACUUACCCAUUUCUUCUUAAAGCUUGUUCGAAGCUUUCUGCAUUUGAAGAAGGUAAAGUACUUCAUGGGCAUAUUUUGAAACUGGGUUUUAAUUCUGAUGUUUAUGUUCAAACUUCUUUGUUGGAUUUGUCCGGGAGUUGUAGAGAUAUUGUUGCCUCACGGAACGUGUUCGAUAGAAUGUCUGAAAGGGAUGUGGUAGCUUGGAACGCAAUGUUAGUUGGGUAUACAAGAUGUGGAUUAAUUGAAAUUGCUGAGAAGUUGUUUACUGAAAUGCCGGUUCGAAAUGUUUCUUCUUGGACGACGAUGAUUAGUGGGUACGUUCAAGUUGAGGAUUCUAUGAAAGCUUUGGAAGUUUUUCAAGAAAUGCAAAUGAAUGGAGUUAGACCUGACAAGUUGACUAUAAUCACUGUUCUUUCAGCUAUUUCGAAUCUGGGUUCGCUGGAGAUGGGCAAAUGGGUGCAUGAUUAUGUAAAAAGUAAGGAAAUUGAGAUUGAUGGGUUUGUAGGGACAUCUCUAAUUGAUAUGUAUUCAAAAUGUGGGAGCAUAAAUGAAGCUAGAGGUGUGUUUGAUAAGAUAAACCAAAGAACUAUUUCAUGUUAUAAUGCAAUGAUAUCAGGUUAUGCAGUUCACGGAUUAGGUGAGGAAGCCAUAAGUGUAUUUAGAGAAGCUGAAAGAUUGAGAAUUGGUAUCGACGAUGUAACCAUGAUUGGGGUUUUGAGUGCUUGUAGCCAUUCAGGAUUAGUCGAUUUGGGUUACAUGUAUUUUGAUUCAAUGAAGGAAAAGUACGGCAUUGAACCAAAGGUGGAACAUUAUGGAUGUAUUGUGGAUCUAUUAGGAAGAGCUGGAAAAUUUGAUGAAGCAAUGAAGAUUGUUGAAUCGACUGAAGCCGAUUUAGUUUUGUUGGGUACAUUAGCUUUUUCUUGUAGAAUCCACGGAAACGUUGAGUUAGGAGAAGAAUUGGCAAGAAGAAUGUAUAAACUUGAUCCAACAAAUAGUGGUUAAAUGGUAUUGAAAUCAAAUCUAUUUGCAGUUGAAGGAAAGUGGGAAGAGGCGGCAGGAGUUAGGAGAUCGAUGAAAGAUAAAGGAAUUCGAAAGAAACCUGGUUGUAGUUGGAUUGAAGUCAAUAAUGUAGUUCAUGAAUUUGUUGCAGGAGAUGUUUCUCAUCCAUUUUCUAAAGAUGUAUA